UACAUUCUUGCAUAUAUAAAUUGAUUGUUUACUUCCUUUUUGUCCUGAAAAAGGAGCAAAAAAAAGGUUAUUUUACAGUUGCUUGUUUCAAUUGUAAUUUACCGCGCAAUAAGAUGAACCAGAUCUCAAUUCGCACGAAUAAAGGGGAGUAUUUUGCUGGGGAAACUAUAUAUGGGACAGUAUAUCUUUGGAUCUGUUCACCAACAACUGCUCAAGAUAUUAAGCUGAAGCUCAAAGGUUAUGAAAAAUGUGAGUGGGAAUACACGCAACAAGUGAGUAGAGAAGGACCAGAUGGAAACGUGGAAUGGGAGAAAGUUCAACGCCAGGUCAAAGGAGACAAGACCUUCUUCAAAACAGAAUUUAAACUUGUUGAAUACCAUGAUGGCAUACCCAUUGGACAUUAUGCAUAUCCUUUCCAAUACACUUUACAACAAGAAAUUCCAGGAACAUUUUGCAUGAAAGGAAAGACACCUCAUUCAUCAGAAAACUCUUGGAAGGCAAAUAUCAAGUACAAAGUGAAGGCAGCAAUGGAAUCUCACCAUGGGAAACUGAAGGAGUCACAACCUCUGGUGAUCAGGACCGAUGCUGCGAGGUCCCAGAUCAACCAAUCAGAAACUCACGAAAAAGAAGGAACUGUUAGAAUGUGUUGUUGUAUUCCGAGAGGAACAGUCAAGCUAAAAACAAGGUUGGACAGUAAUGUCUAUGUAGCUGGUUCAACAGCCAAAGUUCAUGUUGAUGUUGAUAAUGAAUCAGCUGUUGAUAUUGAAAACUUUGUGCUAAAGCUGAUGCAAGUGAUUCAUUUAAGAGGAAAAGACGAUGAAGACAAAACUGAUAAGAGGAUAUCAUUGACAAACACUGUGUGUGAAAGGAAAUAUGAUGGAUGCCAGGCUGGAGAGAAGAAAGAAUGUGACAUUGACUUGUCUUUGAGAUCAGAAGAUGGUAAAGAGAUUCAACCAACAACAAAAGGUGGUCAUAUCCAGUGUACAUAUCACAUUGACAUUGAAAUGCAAGUCAAUUGGGCUCCUGAUAUAGAAAUCCAUGCUCCAAUCACCCUAACAGCUCCAUCCAACAACUAUUGGCAGCAAUGGGCAGCACCACCCUGGCUUGCCAACUGUCAACCAGUUGCCGUCCAGGGAGCCUGCGCUGUACCACAGCCCAUCAUGAAUUCCCAAACAUUCUCCAAUGUUCCUGGCUUUGGUCCACCAAUCUAGUUUAACUUUACAAUAUGUUUAUAAUGGGACUGUGGAAUAAAAUUAUUUCAGAAAAACUAUAUUUUACUAUGGAUAACACGAGGCAUAUGAGAGACGUACCUACAAGCACUAAAUGCACGGAGAGGUUUAACAGCACCAUCCACAAUUAAUGAUGACUUUCUGUAGUGAAAAUUUUACAUUUCCAAGAGAGACUUUAAUCUAGGCAAAGUUUAAACUAGGUUACAAAAAAGAAUAUAAAUUCAAAACUGGUUACAAAAGAAAUUGAAUAGUUAGGUAAUGUAGAGCUAAGGCUGUGUUCAAUCUGAGUCCCUUGCACUGGUGGCCAAAGUCAAAACUGGUUCAUAAAACAUGCAAAGCACAGUUCUCUUGUUGAGUGCUAUACUGGAAUACUGUUAGACAUGGUGCCUAAAUUCAUUUGGAAGCCGUAUUCAACCUAGGCACCAGAAAAAGUGACGAGCACCAGUUACGAGAACUCAGUCUGAACACUGCCUAAUAUGUAUUAGGUAGAUUAUACAGAUGUAAUAGUUCAUGUCAUAAAAAAUAUUCAGUAUAAA